AUGGACAUUUUGGAGAAGAGAAAAAGUUCUUUAGAGAAACAAGUCCAAACUCUUACCUCUGAAUUGGCAACGGUCAAGGCUACUGCAGAUCAAUCUAAGAGAGAAAAAGAGCUUUUUGCAGAGCAAUUAUCCACGGUUGCUGAUGAAAAUAAAGCUCUAAAAGCUUUGUUGGCUCAGAAGGAAAUACAUGCAGAAGGGGUGGCUCAAGAACUUGCUCGAGUACAAGAAGAAUUGCGAGCCUCUGCAGACAAAGUUCGUGCUUUGGAAAAUUCUCACACCUCAUUGCAGUCAUCUCAUGAUUCUCUUUUGCUUAAGAAUGAGGAGCUCAAGAACGAAGUUACGACCUGGGAGAAGGAUUAUGAACUUCUCGAGGAAUCCUCCAAUAUUGAAGUGAGUUGGACCUAUCUCAAGACCCGCCGUGACACUUUGGUAGAGGUGAGCCAGGAAGAUUUUAACCUUGAAUCCGAGUUGGCUAAGGUAAAUGAAGCCAUUGAGAGAGCACAACAGCCGCCGAAUUUUUCAUCUCCUGAAACUAGUCUUCCCGUAGUUGAAAACCCUUUGAUUGAGGUUCCUUCAAAUGAAACUUCUUUAGUUGAGACUGCUUUGGUUGAAGCUCCCAUAGAUGAAGUUCCUGUACCUGAAGUCCCCGUGUCUGCUGUACCUGAGACUCCUGUGACUGAUGAGAUCACUGCUAGUGUUGCACUUCCUUUAAGUUCUUUCGCGCCUAUUGCCAUUAGUCAAGUUGAGGUUUCGCCCGCGGAUGUUGCCAGUACCAUGACUGAAGAUCAACUCUUAGCUGUUGAUGAUACAAGUGCCGUUGAGCCUGUAAAUGAUCCCUCUUCAGUUCUUUUACCUUAA